UGGCGACGUAGAGACGAGUGAUGCUGCGAGGUGUCCAAAUAGUGACAGUUCUCCGUCAGUGACAAAACUUGGGAAAUUAAAAUGAAAUCGAACGGUACAUGUUUCGUUGUGUAUUUACCCAUCCGGUGGUAAAUAUGAUUUGACGAACUGAAAUGGAGCGAACCCGUCAGCUGUUCAUUGCUUGUGAACAGGGGGAUGUUGUUUCUGUGCGAACGCUUCUUGACGAUGUCGAGGUCGACAGUGUUGAUGAUGACGGUAACACACCGUUACAGGUUGCAGCAGCGAAUGGCCACGAGAGCGUUGUCAGAGAGCUGAUAAUGAAAGGGGCGGCCUUGGACAAGCCUAAUGUCUUUGGUUGGACCCCCUUAAUGCAGGCUUGUAGGUAUGGACACUCCAAUGUCGUGGGGACACUACUUCAGAAUCAAGCAGAUAUCAACGCCAUCAACAGAUAUGGAGCCUCAGCUUUGACUCUUGCAGCAAGAGGUGGACAUGUGGCGACAGUAGGCAUGUUGGUGGAUUACGGAAUCGAUCUGAAUGGUUCGGGGGGAGUGUGUGAAUUUACCCCUCUUUUGGCUGCAGCUCAGCAUGGCCAUGAUACUGUGGUCAGGUUUAUCAUAGACCGAGGGUGUGAUGUCAAUUACAGGACACCGUCGACGGGGUUGACGCCACUGAUGCUUGCCGCAUUGAAUGGUCACAUGACUACCUCGCAGAUCCUGAUAGAGCAAGGAGGGGACCCUAAUCUUGUGAAUGUAAACAAUAAAACCCCGUUAGCUAUUGCAACGAUACGGAGGAAGAGAGAGGUUCGAGGAUACCUGGACCGCAAAACCACAAAUAAACCAGAAGUUGCUCCUGACGAGGUCAAGCCAGACAUCAUUGAUGCAUCCAAACAUGGUGAUAUAACCCGGAUACGUGAGAUCCUGGACAUUGACUUGGGUCAAAGAGAUGCCUCAGCACCACAAGAUGGCGCCACCCCUUUGAUGUUUGCGGCAAUGACAGGACGGCUGGACAUUGCGGAGUUGUUGGUGGUCCGAGGGUGUGACAUCAACAAACAGGACACCAUCAGUGGCUGGACAGCGCUCAUGCAGGCCACAUACCACGGGAAGAAGAAUGUUGCCAUGUAUCUGCUGAACACUGGUGCUGAUGUUACCAUUCAGGCCAAAAAUGGAUGUACGGCGUUUGAUAUGGCUUCCCUCAUAGACGAUGUUGAUACAGAGCUGCUGCGCCAGCUGGCUGCGAAGGCCAUGCAGGUGUGUAAGGCUGACAGAGGGAAGAAGAACUGGGGCAAACAGAACGGUAGUGUUGCGGCUACGCUCCCACCUGAUUUCAGCCUUGAAGAUCAUCCUAAGAGUGGCCUCAAGGCAUGGUGGAAUCGCCUAUCGAACAGGUUUCGGAAUCUCAAAUUGGGGCGCACUUUCAACAUGUCAAACCGAUUGGCACCAAUGCCACUUCAGCACACCACAUCCAUGCAGGAUUUGUCAACGAAAACGCCGCGAUCACCAGAGCACCAGCAGAUCCAGACAGCACGGGUAGAGACCCAGAAGCUACUGGACCCCACCCAGACGGCGCUGUCAAUGACCAGCUACAAGUCCAUGCUCCUGGAAACCAAGAAGAGUGCUGCCUUGUACACGCUGGACAUCAACCCACCUCGGUCUAACCUGACCAGCGAGUCACUGAAGCCUGUAAUUCCCCCCAUCCUGCCGGCGCCGAGCUUCUGUCUGGACAACUCCCCGACGACGCCCGUCAUGCAGCUAGUCACUGGCACACAACCAGGUCCAUUGAGGAGGACGGCAGUAGCACACUGUGAAGUGAACUCCCGUAGAGCAGUAAGCAGCCCUAUGAAAUUUCUAGGCAACCGUUCCCCAGGUAACAUCCGGCGCCAUUACGCGGCUAACUCCCUCUCUCCUCACCUGCCUACUAAAACCAUUAGUCAUGCAUCCUUCAACGGGGCGACUAGUCCCACCAUUAACAUUAACUCUGCUGCUGAUGCUGUAGCUACCGAGUGUGUGUUGGAUGCUCAGAGCGAACCCCUGCCUUCCCCUAUCAACCUCACCAAACCAGGUGACCUGUUCACACCCAGCCCAAACAUUCCUCGAAGUCAGUACAGCAGCCAGCACCAGACUCGGCUCUUCAUGCCCAGACGCAAGUCUCCAACAGUGCCAUCAGGAUUCCGGACCAUGUCCAACACCACCUCUCCCAACAGCUCAACUAGUGGUAGUUCCUCUAACCCCCAGAGAUCCUCACAUGGGAAGAGCCCAUCUUCCAAGGGGAGCACCACCUCCACACUCACCCCAUCACCUUCACCCACCCCUGGAAAGAACAGUGAUGAUGCUGGCCCAAUGCUGGAUUCACUCCAGGAAUUUGCUCAAAAUGAAGGUCAAGCUCUUGUCGGGAUCCUCAAGAAGCUGUCUCUGGAAAAGUACCACCCCAUCUUUGAAGAGCAGGAGGUGGAUAUGGAGGCCUUCCUCACGCUAACCGAUGAUGAUCUGAAGGAACUGGGAAUCUCCAACAACGAAUCUCGGCGCCAGAUUCUGACUGCCAUUACUGAGCUGAAUACAGGGAAGGGCAGAGAGCGGCAGCAGUUCGUGGACACAAUGGCUAGUUUCCAGUCUACUCUGCGUGAGCGGAACAUAUCCAAUGGAGCUGAGAUUAGAAACCUGAUGGGAUGGGCAAUGUCUGAGGAAAGAGAUCCCCAUAUACCAUCUGCAAAAUCACGAUCGUCAUAGCGACCGCUUUAACCUGAUGGGAUGGCCUGUGUGUUAGGACAGAGCUCUCCAUAUACCAUUUGUAAAAUCAGUGUCAUCAUAGCAACAGCCAUGUCUGAAGACAGAACCACAUAAAUAUACCAUAUACAAAGUCAUGGUCGUCAUAGCAAUAACUUGAUCCUAAUGGAAUUGGCCAUGUCUGUGCUCCCAUUCAUGGUCGUCAUAGCAACUGCUUGAUCCUGAUGGGAUGUACCAUGUCUGUCCUCCACAUUCAUGGUCGUCAUAGCAACUACUUGAUCCUGAUGGGAUGAGCCAUUUCUGAAGACAUUGCUCUACAUAUAUCAUCAGCCAAUUCAUGGUCGUCAUAGCAACUACUUGAUCCUGAUGGGAUGGGCCAUGAUUGAAAAGAGUGCUCCCUGCAUAUCAUCAGCCAAUUCAUGGUCGUCAUAGCAACUACUUUUCCUGAUGGGAUGGGCCAUAUCUGAAGAGAGUGCUCCACAUAUAUCAUCAGCCAAUUCAUAGUCAUCAUAGCAACUACUUUUCCUGAUGGGAUGGGCCAUAUCUGAAGAGAGUGCUCCACAUAUAUCAUCAGCCAAUUCAUGGUCGUCAUAGCAACUACUUGAUCGAGAUGGGAUGAGCCAUAUCUGAAGACAGUGCUUGACAUAUGUCCUGGGUCAAUGUGUGGUCGUCAUAGCAACAUUGUUAUCAUUUCAUCACAGGAGUGAAUGUGUUACAGAAUGAUAGAUGCCAACCAUGUUAUAUUGCAUAUUCUUUAUAUCUGUUUGUGUGUACAUAUUGUACAAAUUGUAUAUAGAAUUGUAUUUUGUUGAAUUGUCCAGAUUUUAUUGGUGUUUACAGAGGGUUCAUUUUGGCUUGAUUAGGUGCUUCUCCGUCCUUACCACUGAUUUAUUGACAUGAGUCAGUAUACCAUUGAUUUUAUUUUCUAUUUAUGAAAUGCUCUUUAUGUAAUACCAUUUUUACAUCUCUGUCUCAGUGCAUGCCAAAAAUAUAAUCUCUCUGAUUGGUAUUUUAGAAGUUAGUGAGUAACAAUGAAGGCAUGAUACUUUAUGGAUGUCAAUAUCAUUAUACAAUAUAUAAUACAUUUUGGUGUAGAUUAUUUUGCUGUUGUUUAGCAUGAGUGACUCUUGCUUGACAACAAUAUAAAAUCCAUACAGAAAUGUUGCAUCAUAAUGUAUCAAAGAAGUUGUCAUCUAUACAGGGUCUUACCUUUAUUGCAAAAUAUAUGACACAAAAAUAUAGUGCUACAACGGGCUCUGAAUCCAAGAUGUUUCCAGGAAGAUGACGUCCUCUAUCCUCCGGGUGUUGAUGGCCACACCAUGUUGAAUAAUACCCUCGGCCCUGUUGUUACACUAGCUUCUUUUAGAUCCAGAAGUUUAUGGAAAUAGACAUAAAUUGAGAUCUCACGAAGAUUUGAUGGUGACUGGAUCUUGGAUAAUUAUUAUGAUAGGAGGUACAUGUGUAUGCAUGUCUAUGAUAUUUGGCAAGUCUAGAUUACUGCUGUUUCUGUAAAUGUCUCUUUGCUUCCUUUUAACUAUAUUAGGGACCGUUCAUAAUUUAUGGAUUUUUUAAUUUA